GUGACAUUUGUACGUGGAUCAGCGGGUGGCAUCGUCUCCGAAAAGAUUAGUGUUUAAUUUAUUUCUAAUUUCAAUUGUCACAAAUUUAAAAAGACUGCAAAAUGGUCACAAAAUAUUUUAUUUGCUUCACCAUUAUUUCUUUAAGCGGAGCCUUCGCGCAGAGCUGCGAAAAUCCCCAAGUGGAAGCUGCUUCGUUCACCAGUUUAGAUGCCACAGUUGUAACACAAAUAGCCUAUAUUACUGAGUUUACUCUUAAAUGCAGCAAUCCUCUACCAGCAAAUUACGCCCUGUACGCCGAGGUUGAUGGAAAAUCUUUGACAGCAGCGCGUGUCGGCGAAAACAGAUACCAGGUGUCAUGGACAGAAGAGCCUGCAAAGGCCCGUUCAGGUGUCCACGAAGUACGUAUCCUGGACGAAGAAGGUUUCGCCUCUCUGCGCCGCGCUCGCCGCUCCGACCCCGCUGCGACUGUAGCACCGCUGUUAGCUAUCCAGCUGCAGCACCCGGGAAGCUACUCUGGUCCGUGGGUGAACUCUGAAGUGUUGGCUACAGCUAUAUCCAUUCUGGUUGCAUACGUCGCUCUCAGGAACAAAAGCAAAAUACUCGCUUAGAUAGACACUA